CCUUAGCAACCAAACAGUGCCACUAAUGAGCCAAGAGGAUAGAAGUGUGAAGAGGAUUUCAAGCCAACUCCUAUAGUUAACCGUGAAGCUAUCCUCAGAGCAAGGAUGCCACCCAGGAAACCAAAAAGUGGAAAAAGCAGUGCCGGCAGUAAGGGGAAAGGCAAAAAGAUUCAGACACAGAUGGAAAAGCAGGAUUUGGAACUCUCUAACCAAGAUCAUCCUGAAUAUAUCUUCCCCAUGGUCCUGACAUCAGCCACCCAGGAGCUCUUUGACUGCCAAGCUGAUGAGGACGUCACAGGGGAGAGCCCUUACAAGCUGCUGGAAAAAGACGACAUCAUACAGGACAUUAAGACAAGGGCUGCAGUGUCUGAUUUCAGCCCUGUGAAGCAGAUUGUGCUGGACUACCCAGAGGAUGAGCUCUUGCUGGUUUAUGACAGGGACUUCACCUAUGGCCAGAGCUUCUACCUGGUUCUGACACCAGAAGCAAAGGACAGAAUCCUCAAUCCCCCAAAGCCUGAGAUACCAGAAGUGUUUGAGAAUGAAGUCGUUAAAACCCCAGAACCAAAGCCAUGGAUACCACUUGGCAGUGAUAAAGAAAUAGAUGAAGAAGCUUUCAAAGAGUCCAGAAAAAAGCUGUUGUACAAGUUCUCCAGAGUGCGGAAGAAGUUUGGGGUUCCAGUCUGUUUUUCUGACCGCAACACUGCAGAUGCUAAGGAUGACUACCUAGAGUGUGCUUCCUACCGAGACAGUAGAUUCAGCAUCAAACAGCUGCAAAGGGACUGCGGGAUACAGGCCGUUCCCAGACUGCAGAGCAGCAGUGCCCAGACACAGUGGAAGUUUCAGAAGAAUAUCUUUACCCAAUACACGCCAAGAGAGUUAAGUGUUGAAGAAAAAGAGAACAUCCUCCACCUUGAAAAUCUGAAGAAUUUUUGCAAUUCAGUGACCCCCAGGGUUUUACAAGCCCUUCAGCAGGAAGGAAUCAUGAAUGUGUUCUUUGAUGACUGGAAGGCUCUGGGGUCAGCAGCUGAAGACGGUGACUGGGCUGGGAAGGUUUCCGAAGGUUUGAUGCUUCAUCAGGCCUUCACAGACCAGAAGUACACAAAGGACAAGAAAAUCUGCAGCAUUAAUUGGCACCCUACCAUCUAUGGUGUGAUAGCUGUGGCUUUGACAGACAAAAAGAAAGAGCAGUUGAACGAGUCUGUUGUCAGAGCUUCUUUCAUUCUCUUCUAUACCUUCGCCGACCCCUCUAAUCCCCAGUUGCUGCUGGAGUGCCCAGAUGACAUUUUUGCCUUUGAGUUCUGCCCGUCUGAUCCAAAUAUUAUCGUUGGCGGCUGCGUAAAUGGCCAGGUCGUGUUGUGGGACAUUUCUGCUCACGUCACUUGCUUACAGGGAACACAGCCUGGUAAAAAGGUUUCUGUCAACACUGACGUAUGCGAUUUCAAUCAGGACCUUGAUGACAGCAAAGAGCAUAAGACUCCUAUCGUGCGCUAUUGUGCAGUAUCUGCAUUAGAGAGCAGCCACAAAGCACCAAUUACUGAUGUCCAGUGGCUGCCAACAACAUUUGAGGUGACCAGAACGGGCUUACCGGUGGAAAACAUGUAUAACAUUUCUUCUCAACUUGUCACCUGCUCCCCUGACUGCACUAUAAUGUUCUGGGAUGUGCGAGUGUCAAAACCGAUGAGCCACUCAGCAUCAGAAAUGAGGCCUAAUACGGAUCAGAAGACACCCUACAGUACCCCCGACACUUUCAAGCACCUGGACCGGACAUGGAAACCUCUCUUCAAGGUUUUCCUACCAAAGAUCGAUACCAGUGGAGAAUACGCUCCUCUGAAGUUCAACCUAGAACACUACAACUGUAACGAUAAUACUGGCAGGAACACAGAAGCUAAUGAAAAUGGUGACAGCUCAAAGGUCAUCCCAGACUACAGCCAACUCAGCGUGCCCUUGGCUCAAACACUCAACGCUCUGGAAGAUGUCAAUACCAAACUCUAUAUUGGAACAGAGGAUGGGGAGAUUAUUUACACUGACUGGAAACUGGGGAAGGAUGACUCUGGACGGAUGCAAAGUGCCAAGCCCCUCCAUUGUUUCAGCAUCCAUCACUGGCUGGUGAAUACGGUGCAACGGUCGCCCUUCUUCAAAGACAUUAUUUUGACAAUGGGGAGCUGGAACUUUGCCAUCUGGAAGGAGGGAGUCAUGGAUGGCCCCAUCAUUCUGUCAGCAAGCUCUGAGCAGGUGUGCACUGUGGGAUGCUGGUCCUUGUCCCGACCAGCUGUUUUCUUCAUUGGGAAAGAGGAUGGCAGCAUUGAGGUGUGGAACCUGCUGGUAAAGACCAGUGAACCUGUGCAGGUCCACUCAAAUGUUACCAAUGCCAAGAUUACCUGCAUCAAACCCUGGACCGCCUCCUCCAAGCAGCACUUUCUGGCUGUGACUGAUGACAUUGGAAUGGUCCGUGUUUUUGAAAUCCCGAAGACACUCUACGUUCCCUCCAGGAGUGAGAGUUUAAAUGUGAAGAAAUACUUUGAGCUGGAGGAGGACAGGUUGAAGGAUUUUUUGAGAAGGGAGGAACUCUGGGAAAUACAGAAGAAGAAAGCUGAAGAUCUCAAGAAGAGAACGGAACUUGAUAAGCCAGUCAAUUCCCUAGUGGAGAACGAAGAGGUGAACAUGAAGGAGUACAACGAUUACCUGAUGCUGGAGGAAAGUGUCCUGAAGGGCAUGGGCCUGUGGCAAGCUCCCGCCUACACACAAGAUACCUGAUAUCACACACAUUAACACUUACACAUCUGCACAAAUUGCAAUUCAUAUAAACUAGGUUAUAUUAUUUUUAUUUAUACAUUAC